AUGCAUAAAUUACAUUUUAUUAUUUUUAUUUUAGAUUUACAAACAAUUAAUAUAACAUUACGUAUUCUUUAUCGACCAAGAGCUGAACUUUCACCAAAAAGUUUUUUGCAAAUUUGGUCUCAAUUUGAUGCUAUUGAAUUGAUUACACAACGCACACUUAUUUCGCAACGUAAUAAUGAAUUAUUAACAGAACGUGCUGCUCAAUUUGGUUUAUUACUUGAUGAUAUUUCAAUUAUAAGAUACGAUAAAAAAGAGUCUCGAACACAUUUAAGUUUUAGACCUGAAUUCACAAGUGCUGUUGAAUUAAAACAAGGUGCACAACAAGAUGUUGGAAAACAACGGUUUUUAGUUGAAAAAACGGAACAAAGUCGUCAAGCAAAUGUUAUUGCAGCAGAAGGUGAUACUCGUGCAGCUGAUUUGAUUGGCAAAGCUUUAGAUGAAGUUGGUGAUGGUUUGAUCGAACUUCGACGAAUUGAAACCGCUGAAGGUAUUGCAAAUCAAUUAUCAAAAUCAAGAAAUAGCGUCUAUUUACCACAUGGUCCUCAAAUAUUAUUUAACAUUACUGGUGCUAUGCAAUAA